ACGACGCCGCCAUCGUCUGCGGGCGUGCGCGGAGGAUUCGCCCGCGUGUGGAGCCAGCGCGUCCUCCGCAGUCGCACUACACGCAGCGCUGCGGGCCGCCAGCGCGCGGGCAGCCCUAGGAACCAACAGCACAACACCACAAGCAGCACCAUGGCCUUAGCAGCGGCGGCGGCGGCCAUGAAGCUCAAGAACAAGGGUUCCGUCACGGUCCAAGUCGUCGUGAGGUGUCGACCCCUGAACAAGAAGGAGCUCGGCGAAGACCGGAAACCGAUUAUUAGUAUAGACGAGAACCAGGUGUCGAUCGUCAAAGGCAUCGGUAAAGACGGCCAUAUCAUGAGUGAAGAAGAAAACAAAGCCACGAAGAAGUCUUUUACGUUUGACGCGGCGUAUGACGAGCAGUCGACGCAGAAACAGUUCUACGAGGAAAGUUGCUACCCCUUGGUCGAGAGCGUCAUGGAGGGCUUUAACGGGACGAUCUUCGCCUACGGCCAGACGGGCUGCGGCAAGACCUGGACCAUGAUGGGGCCGCCUUCACCUCUCGAACUGAGAGGUGUUAUACCUUCGUCCUUCGACCACAUCUUCGAGAAUAUAAAAACUACCACAGAUUGUGAAUUCUUAGUACGGUGUUCUUACUUAGAAAUUUAUAAUGAGGAGAUCCGGGACUUAUUGGGGGACGACCCGAAGGCGCGGUGCGAGCUCAAGGAGGACCCGUCGAAGGGUGUCUAUGUUAAGGGUCUGUCCAAUGUCGUGGUCAACGACGAGGCGACCAUCAACAAGGUCAUGGAGAAGGGCCUGAAGCAUCGCACGACUGGGGCUACACUCAUGAAUGAAGGGUCUUCACGUAGUCAUAGUAUCUUCACCGUGGUCCUGGAAAUGAAUAGAAAAGAUGAGGGUGGUAAAGACCAUUUUACGAUGGGGAAAUUAAAUCUCGUGGAUUUAGCUGGUUCAGAAAGACAGUCGAAGACGGGCGCGUCGGGCGAUCGCUUGAAAGAAGGCUGCAAGAUCAAUCUAUCUCUAUCAGCAUUGGGUAACGUCAUCAGUGCUUUGGUCGAUGGCAAGGGCAAGCACAUCCCCUACCGCGACUCAAAACUAACGAGACUCCUCCAGGAUUCACUAGGUGGGAACACGAAAACACUCAUGAUGGCCGCCGUGAGUCCCGCGGAUUAUAAUUAUGACGAAACUUUAUCUACCUUACGGUAUGCUAAUAGAGCCAAGAACAUCAAGAACAAGCCCAAGAUCAACGAAGAUCCGAAGGAUGCCAUGUUGAGAGAAUAUAAGGCCCAGAUUGAUCAGCUCAAAGCUAUCCUCGAAGCGCAGGCGGCCGGCCAGCCGCUCGAUGGGCGGUGGGCCGGCGAAGGGAUGGAACAACCACCGGGCCAGGUCGUGCACGUCCCGGGUCAGAACACCGUCGUGGAGCGCGUCGUCACGAAGGACGGCCCCGUGCGGAUCUGUGUCGACCUUCACGCCAGUUGCACCCGACACACUGGUUGAUUUCCGCACAGGUGCAGAUCCAGCGAGUGGUAGAGAAGGAGGUGGUGGAAGUCGAGAAGAUCGUCGAAAAGGAGAAAGUUGUCGAGAAAGUCGUCGUCCAGGAGAAAAUUGUUAAUGUGCUCAAUGCCGAGGGUGAGGCGCUGACGGAGUACAAUGCGGCGCUCGUGAAUCAACGCGCGCAAUUAGGAGAGCAGCUCGAGGGCCAGAAAGCAGCGACCCAAGCUGCCCAAAAUGACGUGAGCGCGGUGAUGGCCAAGCUCGCCGCGCUGCAAUCACGCGUCUGUGGCUCGUCGCUGAAGCGGGGCGAAGCUGCUGAUGACCAAGCGUUCGAGGAGGCUUUGAAGAGGAAGAAGGACAAAGAAAAACGCAUCAAGAAGCGCCUCGAGAAGAAAAGACGAGCAGCUCAAGCUGCGGAGGAGGGCCGACUCGCGGCGGAAGCGGAACGGGAAGCGGUCGAGUUGGAGCUGCAGGAGGCGGCGUUGGAGAUGGACGAGCGCGAGAGGGAGUUCCGGCGGGAGAAGAAGAAGCUGAAGCGGAAGAUACUCCAGGGCCAGAACGAGAUCGAGGAUCUACACGACGAGUUCCAGCGCGAGCGCGAGAUGCUGCAGGACAACGUGCGAGAAGCGAAUAGGGACGCGCAGUUGUGGCGGCAAGUUUGUGAAUUAGUCCUAGAUAAGAACUUGGUGGAUCGGGUCUGGCAGCGGUCGGAAUUCAAUGAGAGGGAGGACAAGUGGAUCCUGCCCGAGAUGCUCCGGGCGAAGCGGCAGUAUCAAGAUUUGUCGUGUCCGCCUUUGCCGGGCAUGGGCCCGACGCCACCUGUGGAAGGGGGUGUCUUCGCGCGGCCGGCGUCGCGGUCGCCGCGCGCCGUGAUGGGCCUCGCCGGGGCAGCUCGGCCGCCGUCGCAGCAGCCCGGCGUCGGUGGCCUCGCCGGCGCCGCGAGACCUCCAUCAUACUCGCCGCGGUUGGACGACUUCAUGGACGCGCCGCGCGAGGAGUACUCGCGGCCUUCCUCGAACGCGAUCCCGUCGCGGCCGACGUCGUCGCGGCCGGGCUCGACGCGGCCUCAUUCUAGACCGUUGUCUCGGGCCGGCGGCUCGCGGGGCGGCGACCCGGAGCAGCGGCGACGGCGGAAGAAGCGCGAGAAGGCGCCCGGCGGGCUUGCGGGCGCGGCGGUCGGCGGGCUCGCGGCGGCUGCCGUCGGCGGGCUCGCCGGGGCCGCCCAGGUCGGCGGGCUGGCCGCGGCGGCGUCGAAGCCUUCACAAAAGCCGCCGCGGCCGAAGAAGAAGGCUGCUGGUCUGGCGGGCGCGGCCGUCGGUGGCCUUGCUGGUGCGGCGCAGCGACCGGUGGGCGGCUUGGCGGGUGCGGCGGCGGCGAGCUACGACUACGAUAUCGCGUCGCCGUAG